UUUUGGACGACACCAGUCUAACAAGUCUCGCCGAAUUUCCCGAGACCUGAAGAGACAUAUUCAGAUUCCCCGAAUUGAAGCCAAUUUAUGUUAUACCCGAUGAUGAAAGACGUUACUUAUGGACAAAACACAGGCUAUAAUCGUUCUCGAGGAACAAAACGGUGCUGCUAUCCGCGACGUGCCGGUUCCCAAGCUACGGGAUGAUUGUGUCCUUGUCGAAGUGAAGGCCAUCGGGCUUAGCCCUACGGACUGGAAGCAUAUCGAUUUUGGCGCCGCGGACGCCGGCUCUAGAAUUGGAUGCGAUUACGCGGGACUUGUUCAUGACGUUGGCAAGAAAGUCAGUAGAUUCAGGAAGGGUGACCGGAUCGCAGGCGCCGUCCAUGGCGGAGACCGCACCAACCACGAUAAUGGCGCCUUUGCUCACUACAUAGUUGCAAAGGCGGAUGUGGCGAUUCACGUCCCAAACAAUAUCAGCGAUGUAGAGGCGGCCACCUUAGGAGUCUCGCUGAUCACUAUUGGGCAAUCACUUUAUAAAACCCUCAAACUACCUCUGCCUACCAUGCCGGCCCUGGAACCGUUCCCUCUCCUCGUCCACGCGGGAAGCACCUCGACCGCGCUACUCGGUAUUCAGUUCGCUAAGGCAUCCGGUCUAACAGUUGUUGCGACAGCGUCUCCUUAUAAUUUCGACCACGUUCGGAUGGCUGGUGCCGAUGCCGUAUUCGAUUAUAAGUCACCGACAUGCAGCGAGGACAUUAAACGAUACACUGAAAAUACGCUCUGCUAUGCGUGGGACUGUAUGGGCACCGGGAUUGAGCUUUGCGCUAAUGCCCUCAGUGAUGCCGAGCCUAGCAUUUACACCACACUUAAUCCGGUAGAGGGAUCGCCUCUGAAGCGGAUCAAUACUCGGGUCAAUGGCCCAUAUUUUACCCUGGCAUAUGAUGCUUUUGGUGAGGAGUAUGUAUGGAUGGAGGAAACCGUCCCUCGGAAGCCGGACGAAAUCGAGUUUGCGGCCAACUUUCUGCUAGUUGCCUCGAGCCUGUUGGCCGAAGGGGUGGUGGUUCCAGUCAAACCGGUUGUCAAUAGUACAGGGGAAGGACUUGAAGGAGCGCUCGUGGGCUUAGACGAACUCAGGGCAGGUAAUGUCAGUGGAAGUAAAUUGGUUUACACGCUUUGAAAAUAACAGCCAACAUAUCAUGUAUACGAGAUACCAUAAGUGUUCACCAUGAAACAUCCUCUUGCUAGGGAAAGGUGAAAGCUAGGCGGAUAGCUAGAAUACAAAUCUAGAUAUAUUAUGAGUGGGGUCGA